AUGAAUUAACUUUUUGUAGUUGAAAUUUUUUAAAAAUUCUAAGAGUUUGUUUUACGUUACGAAAAUAUUUCAGAUUUUGGAUUUAUCUAUUCGGCAUACGAAUAGUCUUAAAGCAAUUUUUAAUAGGAUGAGUCAGGAUUAGAUUUUAAAAAUGUAGAAAUUUCUUAUUUUGCAUACAUAAUUGACAUUGAGAAAUGCUCUAACGCCUAAAAGUAAUGUUAUUAAUUAAGCAAUAUGUUUCCAAUGUUAUUAUAAGUUACUCCUGCUGCAUUAUAAUUCUUAAAUUUUGUAAAGAAAUCUACCUUUUUACUCAAGCUAACCAGAUUUUUACCUUCGUUUUCUACAAAAAAGCUUUCAGAAGUGUAUUGA